GUAAUUUGAACGUACUCAGAUCUUCCUUUCUACUUCAAAAAUGGAGUUAGCAGAUUGUAAGCAAGGGGGCGUGUCUUCAGCCAGCUCAAUCAAUGGAUCGUAUCAUUUUUGACGAAUCAGAAUUGAAGAGUUAUCGUUGCCAACCCUGCAGUUUAGCCUAGUGUAGAGACAGGCUCAGUGUGACAGUUGAUGGUGGACACCCCUGCGCGUAGCCCCCACUCUAUGGUGAGUGACGCAUUAGGCUGGCCCCUGGGCAGCGGACACUGCUGGGAUACUUGACGUAACAGUCAACUUGUGACUUCUGACGUCCUGUUGUAAACGAUUGGGCCUCAUGAUUUUUGACGCGGACCUGGAACUCACCGGGGACGAGAUGGUAGAGCAGUGCAGCAACAGCGGGGAGACUUCGCCCACUGGCGCUGAGUUGCUGUUCACAGAUGACAAGUUAACAGUACGCACUCUGCACUCACUCAACAUGAUGCGCAAGAACCGCACCUUCUGCGAUGUCAUCCUCCACGUUGGCAACAGUGAGUUGUACGGACAUCGUGCAGUGUUGGCGUCAGCCAGUCCUCACCUGCUGGAGCUGUUUUCUGCGGACGACGAGUCCAAAGGCAGUGUUCGUGAGAACGUUGUCACCUACCAUCUUAACGGAGGAUUUGACAAGGUCGCAUUGGAGAAACUCAUUGACUAUGCUUAUACAGCACGGCUGGAGGUGCGGGCUCACCAAGUGAAGUCUGUGUUCCUGACAGCCACCAAGCUCAAGAUGGAGCGAGUGGCCAAGGAAUGUGCCAGCUACCUGGUACAUCAUCUAGACCCUGAAAAUUGCGUUGAGAUCCGCUCCUUGCCUGGCAUCGCUCGCAGCAAGACCUUUGUCGCGCAGGUGGACAGCUACAUCGCGCAGCAGUUUGAGGAGGUGAGUCAGUCGCCGACACUACUGGCGCUGCCGUGUGUGAGGGUGGAAGUGCUCAACCAGACACGUCAAGAGAUGAGCAUGGUCUCGGGUGAUUCUCUGUGUCAUCUCGUCCUUGACUGGGUCAAGCGUUCCCAUGAGGACAACCUCAACAACCUCACAGAGAAGACAUAUCUGCUGUACCUAGCCCUGGACAACACUCUGCAGGACUGCGCAGAACUGCCCUCUGGAGAUGUCUCUGACACAGAGAUCGUACAAGAUUACAAAAAGAUGUCCAAGAAGAUCAUUAAUCCUGCUACCAAGAACCGCAGGAAGGGCCAGAUCCAACCAGCCAAACCUCGGGUGCUCAUGUAUAGCCGGACUGACACACUGGAGCCUGAGACGGAGCAAGACUGGUCUCUCAUUGCUUCUAAAAAAGUUGGAGAACACACAUUCUUGGGCCUGGUGACGUUGGGCAACAAGCUGGUAACUCUGUCACUUAUGCUGCGUCUGAACCAGCCCACAUCACCUUCUCCCCUGCCAGACACCCAGACCCACACUGAAAACCAGCCCGACAUGUACCAUGGUCUAGCCAGCAUGGGUUCAGUCAAGUGUGGUGCUGGCUGCGCCAACCUCAAUGAUAACUUGCUUGUCUGUGGAGGAUAUGACCGAGCAGAGUGUCUGCGUUCAGUGGAGAUGUAUGAUCCGGCGCGUAACGUGUGGGCCGCAUUGGCAUCCAUGCGUGAGGCCAGAGGGCGCUUCAAUAUCGCAGUGGUGGCAGACAAGGUCUAUGCAGUCGGAGGCUGUAACGGCACCACUGAGCUGGCUACUGUUGAAUGUUACGAUCCUGCGCUGGGCAAGUGGACACGAGUCACAUCACUCUCCCUCGCGCGUUCCAACACAGGGGUGUGCGAGAUGGGCGGAAAGCUCUAUUGUAUCGGUGGAUGGAAUGGCCAGGUCGGCAUCAAGCAGUGUGAUGUAUUUGAUCCAGAAACCCAGCAGUGGACCCCUAUCGCACCCCUUCAGACUGGAAGAUACCAGGCAGGAGUGUGCUCUCUGGGAGACCGUGUGUGGGCAGUGGGAGGUUGUGACGGCUGGAACUGUCUCACCUCUGUAGAGACAUACGAUGCACAGACAAACAGCUGGAGCUUUGCCGCUCCCAUGAUCACGGCUCGCAGAGGUUGUGGUGUCGCUGUCUUCAAAGGCAAGCUGUACGCCGUGGGAGGAUCAGAUGGCACCCACUCCCUCAGCUCUACAGAGAUGUUUGACCCGGAGACCCAGACCUGGAGUCCUGGACCCAACAUGUCAACUCCUCGCUCCAACGUAGGUGUGACAGUCAUCAACGAUCGUCUCUAUGCUGUCGGCGGCUUCUCAGGAAAAGCCUUCCUCAACAGCAUAGAAUUCUUGGAUGAGAAGACAGAUGAGUGGACCACAUUCAGCCCCUCCACUAGUGCUCCCUCUCAGACCAAUGGCCACAAAGACGAUCCUCUGUCCAGGUUUUCCUUCAGCAACUCAACACAUUCCUUGGAAGUCGCACCUUCCAGUUAAAUAAGAGACUGCAGUCUUUGUACUUUUCAUAAUUUGGAUCAUCCUAAAAUCUGUUACUAAAUAAAGAUAUUUUUAAAGUCCCAGCACAAUUUGAUUGUAUAUCAGUAGGUUAAUAAAUUCGGUAAGUGCGUCAGUACAUUUUCCCACUAUAAUCAAAUGUCUAUGACAAAAGAAAUGGAUCUAUAAAUUCCUACAGCAACUGCCAUUGCAUCCUAUGAUCAUGGGAUGACACUUUUCAGUGCUUUAUGGGUCAGGGUAACUAUAACUAACAAGCAUUUCAUUACCAAAUUAUGGAUUGUACAAGUUAAUCCUAAAGAUUAAAAACUGAUUUUUGUACAAAUAAGUGUAACAAGAGUAUCAUGUUUUCAGCGUAAAAUGUUGUUUAUUAUGAGAUUUAUAUUGUGAUGUCUGCAUGGUGGAGUGUAUAGGGGUCAGAGAGAAAGUGUUACGUUUAGUUUACGUUUUAAUUUGUUUACAGAGAAACAAUUUUUUUAAAGUUGUGAAGCAAAGGUGAAGUGGACUCGUACUGCUGUUAAGUCUUGUAAAAAUUAAGGUAUAGAUAAAGCAAGAAGGAUAUUAUUUCAAUAUUAUGAUGCAUUAUUCUCAAAGUAACUGUGCUAGUUAAUUUUAAAUGUCAUGUUUAUACAUUAAACACUUAAAAGUUUUGGUUUUAUACAUUAUCAAGAUAUUUUAUAAAGUACAAUAAGUUCUCCAAAUGUUUUCUUUGGGUCCACAAGCCAAACUGGUUUGAUUUGUUGAAAUUUCAAUUCGAUGCUAUCUCUUAUUUGCUGAGUAACGUAUUUGCAUGUACUAAUAAUUUUUUCUAUUAACGAAUUUACUGGCAACAAUUUUGGGACAAUAACUAAUAGAUGUACAUACACUCCUUCAUGCAGUGCAUACUGUUAUUUUUUUGUACUUCGCAGAGUUUAGUGAGGAAUCAACUUUUUUUACUUAUUACUGUGAAUUCUUGGACUUUUUGCCAUCAUAGUAGAUUACCUUUGGAGUUGAUAAGAAGAGUUUGUAUUUUGAUAUUUGAGUAAUGUCUGCAUAGGCUAGUAGUAAAGUCAAUGUUAGGAAUUAGGAUCAACUUUACUUUCGGUCAGUGUCUACUAAAGAUAAAAAGGUUUGCACUACAAUAAGUAAGUACAGUUCUCUUAUAUGUGUAAUAUCUUAACCGUACACUUUUGUAAAAUAAAUACAACUUUUCUUCUCCAAAUUUAAAAAAACCCUUUUCUCAACCUUAACUAUUUGCUCAUUUUUGUAACGAUUUUGUGUAUCUAAUUUUUUUUGUAUUACAAGGCUGAAAAGUGGGUCCAGUAUUUAUAUUUUCUACACAACUCAAGUUGCAAUACAUCAAUCGAUAUAUUGAAUUUAAUUUUAAUAGCCAUUGCAAAUGUUUGAAUUUUCAUCUCAAUAUGUAUACAACACACAUUUUCUUUUUCCAAUAUAUAAAGUGUAUGCAGUAUUUUUAUACAAAUUGUUUUUAUAUCAAGUAAAGGAACUAAAACUAGGUUUUAAGAAAUCCAAUUUUACAGAGAAAUUGAAACUCUCAAAGCAAUUUAUUCUCUUGAUGGCCAUGUGUUAAAGCAAAACAUUUCUCUAUUAUAAUUUCUAAACAAGUCUGGCUGUGUUCAAGUAAAGAUUUUAUUUUCAAGCCUUUUUUGAGGUUUAAAGGAUCUAGAUGAUAAUUGUUUUCAUAAGUUAUUUAUUUAAGAGAUAAAUGUUUGAUGUUCACCCAGUAUGGGAACAAUCUAAUUUUAUAGUUAAAAUUGUAUUGUAAAAUUGUAAAAUAUUUGUCAUUAUUUGAUUGCUCUUCUUUUCUAAUGGAGACUUUCUCCCCUUCUGUUUUAAUUUAAUGCUGGAGUUUGUAGUAUUUUAGAAAAUACCAUUGCAUGUAGACAAACCUAACUUUCAAAGUGUUCAACCAGCAUAAUUUUAAUUAUAAAAGUGGUAAUUUUUAAUAUAAUUUCACAUUUAGCAUGUUUUUUAACUCAGUUUGCAUUUUUGUUCAUUGUUUUUCAUUGGAGAUUAAUUUAAAGUUUUUAUGAUCAUGUUGAUUCCAUUUAUGAUUCGUUAGUAUUAAGGUAUUCAGUAUUGUUUAGAUCACAUUCAGUUUAUAUAAUAUAUUGGUCUGGACAGAUAUUGCAUCUGAAUAAAGGCAACCUUGUGUAA